AUGACAUCUGUUUUUGACUUGUGUACAUAUUACAACGAGCCGAUCAUGCUGUCAAGCAAUGACAACAAUGCUGGACAGCGAGAUCCAGAGAUUGAGGCCAUGAGUGCAUUCCAAAGCUCAAGAAACUUUCAAAUGAAUGAUGGCUCAUCCAAACUCCGCUGGUCCAGCAGAGACGCUGCAGACGCUUUACGGCAGCAAAAAUACAACCUGGACUGGGAACCUGAGCAGGAUCCUCCUGUAGAUGGCGCACAAGGCGAUAUUGAAGACGAGCCAGUCGACGAUCAACUCGGUGCCAUCAGUACCAAGAAGCUCAUAGACGGCGAGACUAUCGAGGGCGUAGCCGAAUCCGACGAAAUUGACGAACAGUCCUUCUCAAUCCAAAUUCCUGGGACCGGUGAAGAUGAAGACUUCGAAUCUAUACCUGACGUUCCCUCGUGGCACAGCCGCGCGAAGACAAUCAUGGCCAUCUAUCGGGACGUCUUCCGCACUCUAAGCCAGGCAGGAUGGUCGCCAACCGAUUCUUGGAUGCUCAUCUCAAGCUUCUUCGAUCAGGCCAAGCGAGACUUGCUUUACCGCAAAGAGACUACGCCAGGCUUGACUCAGCGAGUUCUAGACGCCGCCGAAGACGAUGAUUGGAAGUCCAUGUACUGCGAUCCCUUCAAACGCGAAUAUCUUAUGCGCCUAUACGAAGAAAUCGAGCCUUCUUACCUAGCCCACAAGCUCUUCAUGCUAUAUUCCCAUCGCCUAGACGAAGGAUUCGAUGUUCAUCUGCUGAACGCCAUCUUGAAGCGAUGUGCUAGAACAGAGCGCGAUCCCGACGAUGCAUUCAACAAAUUUCGAGAGGAGACAUCUUGGGAUGCAGAGAAUGCUCUCUUCAUGUGGGUUCCCGCGUUACAGAGGCUCGUUGCACCAGAGUGGACAAAUGAUGAGCUGGCUCCUCCUCCUGGCGGUCGAACAAUAUGGCACCCCUCGUUCAUAUAUCUUGAUGACGAAGCAGAAGAGCGCCAUGAUAUCAUGCACCGCAAUAUCAUCGAGGCAUUCGCUGAUGAAAUCCUGUGGUUUCAUCGCCGACAUAUCUCCCCUGUCGAUGCAUUCAAUACGGUGUACCACGUCUGGAACGAACACUUCAGCAACGCUGAGGAUCAGUUUUAUCAGGAUCAUGACGCUUGCGUCGACUUGAUCAGAACUUUCUAUAAGCCAGGCGAGGAACAACUCAAGACGCAAAUAGGCUGGGUUGAGAUAGACCUCGAGCAGGCAGUUUAUAAAUUGGUACCUCGCCACGAGAGGGUCGUCGUUCGCGAAGCUUUUGCCGAGCUCCUGUCACGAGGAUUCAACGUAGAGUACUUGUUGCAGGCACUGCGAGGCUACUCACUCAAUGCGAAUCCUGUUGCAACCUUUUUCGCGUAUCUGGACCAGCUUAACCCCGAAGAAGAGCUACUCGAUUGGGUGAAAGGCCUACGUGAGCUCUACGGACCUGAAGAUCAUUCGGGUGAUUCUGAGUCAAGCUUUUCGUCCUCUUCUUCAAGCAGCGAUGACAGUGAUGGAGACGUCGAGACCUUUCGCAGCCAGGAAGGAUCUUCGCCAACAAGUACUAGCAAAUCCUAUGUGACAGCACGAGGGUCGCCAGCGAGCAGAAGCACCAAUUCAUAUCACUCUGCACAAGGAUCGCCAUCGAGCAAGUCUAACAACUCUUCCAUCAAGGAUAAGACUCCAUCGCCCAAGAAAAGCGCGUCGCCACGAGCACGAAAAUCGCCAUCACCAGCGCAAUCAUAUAUACGAUUCCCCUCCGACAGCCCUGCUCCUUCUCAUACAUCCGACAGAUUCCUCACAGACUUCCGUCACACAGCUGCUAGGCAGUUCACAGAACUGUUCCAUGACCUACGAAGGCGUGCAUGGGGACCAGCUCGUUCAUGGAGGCUGGUGUCUGUGCUGGCCUACUACUUCACUCGCAUGGUGCCUUCAGACGUGUUGGAAGACGACGAAUCCUUGUCGCGAUUCGUCUGGGAGCGAUCUAAAGAUUCUACGCAUUUCAACGAGAUCUUCGAUGCAUGGCGUCAUCACAUAUACUCUCCAGGAGGUCCCGUCCACAAUGCUGCAGCCGAAAUCUAUCCUCCGUCCGCACGGGAUCGGUUCAUUAGAGCUGUUGAUGCUGCUAUCGGUCGAGGAAUGGAUCUCAGUCAGAUCUUGGAUAGAUGGGAGACUGCUUUAGGCCGCACUUUGUCACGUCCCAGUAAUGCUGUGACUGACUUGAUCGAAUGGCUCGAAUCUGCAGAUUGGCCCAGUGAUGCGUUGUUCGAAUGGAUACCCGAUUUCGAGGAGGUCUGGUAUUCUGUUGAGCAGGAGAUUGAUGAUGAGACUGGCGAGUCGACCCUACCAGAGAUUAAUGAUCGUGUUGACCCGCCGAUAACUCCAAUCGAUCAACUUCUGGCAGAGAUUGCUCGAGCUGGAGAGGAUGACCACGAGCAGGCUUCGAACGAAGAAGAGGAUGAGUCUCACACUGGCAGUCAUUCCAAUUCCAGCGAGAACGAUUCGGACAUGCCCGAUCUGGUACCUGGCAGCGAAGAUGAUGAUGACCAAGAUGACGAUGAUGGAGGCGAUGCACCUGGUCCAACUGCAACCGCACAGGAUGAGCCCGGUGACGCUGAAGAUCUGCCUCCCGAGGGAAACCAAGGCUAUCCAGCCUACGAAGGAGAUUCCACCUUCGGCCCCGAUUUCAGCUCCGGCGGCGAUCAAUUGCGCGACAACCUUCCAUCCUAUCCCAACCUAGCAGAGGAUCUCGGCUAUGAUGUUUCACCUGCCUUCGAUGCUACUAACUUCCCAGAUGAGGACUUUUACAACAACGACUGGCACGAAGGACGGGAAGUCGUUGGAUCCGAUCAAGAGAUUUUCGACCAGGACAUGAGAGAAGCAGAAGAAGAGUUUGAUCGACAGCAACAAGAAGAAUUGGAACUUUUAGCAGCAACAGGAAAUCCCUACAGUUGCGACUUUGACUGGGAUGGAGACGUUUUCGAUGAUUUCUCGCGAGGACCUGUGAAGUAUGUCGACGGGGAAACUCAAACCUCACCCAGAACAGUCAUCGAUACUCCCAUGCCAGAUGCGCCAGGAUCAUCAUCAUCAUCAUCAUCAUCAUCCUCUUCAGACGACAUCGUGCGCUCACCGCGAACACCACCACUCACACCUCGAGCCUCCGACAUCCCAAUUCCCGGCACACCUUUCGCAACACAAUUCCACAACUCCCGCUCCACGUCUUCCCGUCCAGCUUGGAAAGAUCCCAAAGUCAAGAAAGUCGAGCCGUUGCGCUACGCGAAUCGAUUGGAGCAGCCGAGGAGAUUGCCAAAUACGCCGACCAAGUCUCAUCAGCCUCCCAGCCCGAAGAGGAAGGAAAGGAAGGAGAAUAAGUGUGAGGCUUGUGGAAGGGCUUUCAGAACGCCGAAGAAGGCGAAGGCGAAGGCGAAGGCGAAAAGGGUGAGUUCGAAGGGUGCGGUGGAAAAGGGUGUGGCUGUGGAACAGACGCCGAGGAGGAGUACGAGGGAGAGGAGGAGGCCGGCGAGGUAUGAUUCUUGA